GCUAACUUGAGUAUUGCGAUAGGAAACUAGUAAGUAGUUGAAUUGUAGAUUUCGUAACGAAAGCAAGCAUGUAUACGGCAGUACGAACAUCUUAUAGAACCAAAUACAUGUCCUUUCAAUGGAUAAAUAUUUAUUCAGCUGCGGAAUGUAUAUAUUAUCGAUUAAAAAUGUUUACACGAUUGUAUCAUGGUGGAAAUGGCGACUACGGAUACAGACCAAAACCACAGAGACACUUUGAAGUACCAAAUAAGUAUUUUAAAAUACGAUCGAAGAAUAGCAAUUUCUAUAGGCUGGUUACCGCCUAUAGAGAAUUUGGUCACAAGCAAGCAAAUAUAAACCCUAUCUCAGCAGAAAAACCAACACCAUUGGUAGAAUUGAAACCAGAAAGAUAUGGUUUAAAUUUGAAAGAUAAAGUUUCUUUCGAGGGUAUCUUAACAAUAAGUGAAAAAGAAGGAACUGUAGAAGAAGCCUUAAAAUUUCUACACCGGACAUACACUGGUUCGAUAGGACUGGAAUUUAAUUAUUUGGAGACCGAGGAAGAGAGGGAAUGGUUCGCAGAAACCGCAGAAAAAUGUCUCAUGGAUUCUUUAACGGACGAAACACGAAUAGCCAUCGCAACAGAGAUGCUGAAAAGUCAAACAUUCGAUCAGUUUUUAGCCAUCAAAUUCGUGAGCUUUAAGAGGUACAGUGGCGAGGGUGCUGAAAGUAUGAUGGCCUUCUUUCAUGAAUUUUUUGAACUUUGUGCCAAUGAUAAUUUAAAACAUAUCGUACUUUGUAUGCCCCAUCGAGGUCGACUGAAUUUCCUUACAGGAAUGCUGAAUUUCCCACUGGGAAAAUUAUUUCGAAAGCUACAAGGAUAUUCUGAAUUUCCGAAUGACGUGAUCGCAACUGGAGACGUGAUCAGUCAUUUCGUAUCAUCUACGAAUCUUAACAUUAAUGGCAAAAGCCUCCACGUAACAAUGUUGCGAAAUCCUUCACACCUAGAGGCUGUGAAUCCUGUUUCCAUGGGAAAAACUCGAGGGCUAAUGCAAGCUGUUCAAGAUGGUGCAUAUGGGGAAGAUAUAAACAAUCAAUGGAGCGACAAAGUGUUAAAUAUUCAAAUUCACGGAGACGCAGCUUACGCUGCUCAAGGUGUUGAUCAAGAAUGUUUGGCGCUAUCUGCGGCUCCUCAUUUUGAAAUAGGUGGAACAGUUCACUUGAUUAUCAAUAAUCAAUUAGGUUUUACAACUCCCGCAUCUAAGGGUAGAUCGUCGAGAUAUUGCACGGAUCUAGCCAAAAUGAUCUCUGCUCCGGUGAUCCACGUAAACGGAGAUGAUCCUGAGAUGGUUAUCAGAGCUACCAGAAUAGCUGUUAAAUACCAACGAAAAUUUAGGAAAGAUGUUUUCGUGGAUUUGAAUUGUUUUAGAAGAUGGGGCCACAAUGAAUUAGACGAUCCUACCUUCACGAAUCCUAUUAUUUACAAAAUUAUACAUAAUCGUCCAUCAAUACCAGAUCGAUAUUUGGACAAACUGGUAAAGGACAAGGUUCUUUCAAUGACGAAAGCUAAAGAUAUUAUUAAGAAUUACAAUGCAAAAUUAAGUCAAGGUUUAAAUGAAGUGGAUAAUUAUAUUCCAGAGCCUGCAUAUUUCGCAGGCCUGUGGAGUGGAAUACAGCAGGCUGAGGCAAAUGUAACACAAUGGAAUACGGGAGUUGAUUUAAACCUAUUAAGGUUCAUUGCCGAGAAAAGUGUUCACAUUGAAAAUGACUCGGCAAUACAUGUCAAAUUAUUAAAAAAUUAUAUUCAACCUCGAUUAAACAAAGUAGCCAUUGGUGAACAUUUGGACUGGGCCACUGCUGAAGCAUUGGCAAUUGGAACUUUAUUAUAUCAAGGUUACAAUGUUAGAAUAAGCGGAGAAGACAUAGGUCGUGGAACGUUUUCUCACAGGCAUGCCAUGUUUGUUGAUCAAUCUACAGAAGAUAUACACAUUCCACUGAAUUCUAUGGCCAAGGAUCAAACAGGAAAGUUAGAAUUAGCUAACAGUAUUCUAUCAGAAGAGGCAGUUUUAGGCUAUGAAUAUGGCAUGAGUAUAGCUGUACCAACUACUUUAACUAUAUGGGAGGCACAAUUUGGAGACUUUUUUAAUGGAGCCCAAAUUAUCAUUGACACUUUUAUAAGCAGUGGUGAAGCAAAAUGGAUGCUAAAUAGCGGACUGACGAUACUUCUGCCACAUGGCUACGAUGGUGCCGGUCCCGAACAUAGUUCCUGUAGACUUGAGAGAUUUUUACAACUCACUGAUAGCAAUGAAGAUAAACCUGAUGGUGAUAAUGUUAACAUACAAGUGACAAACCCCACAACACCGGCUCAGUAUUUUCAUUUAUUGAGAAGACAAAUGGUAAGAAACUUCCGUAAACCUUUAAUUAUAGUAGCUCCGAAGAUAUUGUUACGGCAUACCGCCGCAACCUCGUCAAUAACAAAUAUGGGGCCGCAAACUAAUUUUAAAAACGUUAUAGGAGAUGACAAGGUGGAAAAAUUAAAUGUGACUAAAGUGAUUUUUGUAAGUGGAAAACACUACUACGCUCUUGAUAAUUUCAGAAAAAAUACAGAUCAAAAGAACGUAGCAAUUGUUAGAAUCGAAAGUUUAUGCCCCUUUCCAGUUCAAGAGAUAUUGCAAGAAAUUAAUAAAUAUACACAUGCGGAAACUUUUAUAUGGAGUCAAGAAGAACCGCGAAAUAUGGGCGCAUGGAACUUCAUUAAGCCACGUUUUGAAAAUUUAUGUGGCAAAUUAUUAAAAUACAGCGGUCGUAAAUCCAUGGCUGCGGCAGCUGAAGGUGAAGGAAAAGUACAUCAACGAGAAACUCAGGAAGUUACUGUGAGACCCUUCAAUAUGAAAUGAAUUUUAUAUUACAUUGGAUAUUUUACUCUGUUUUAUUUGUAUACAUGAUUCAACUGCCAAAAAUCACAUUUAUUUGCGUAACAUCAUUAUAUAUUAUAUGAAAAAAUAAAUUAU